CGACGCCACCAGUGUUUUUGGAGGUGGCGAUGGACGACACGGUGCCGUGCCCGUACUGCCAUGCGCUCUUCCCGCGCCUCGACCCGGCCUUCGUCCUCGCCCGCCACGUGACGCAGUGCGCGCUCAAGGCCUGGCCGGCGCCUGCCGAUGCGCUGGACGCCAAGCAUUGCCCGAUCUGCUGGCGGGUGUUUGACGAGCACGUCAAGGCGUUCGAGAUCGUGCUCCAUGAAGAAGAAUGCGAGCGCGUGAAUGGCUCAUUGAAGAAGGUCGCGCACCAAAAGCGGCGCCGGCCCGUCGGAACGACGCCGCCAAGCGUACCGACAAAGACCCGGUCGUCGCCGGCCAAGACCAAGGCGCCCGAGAUCACGGACGCCUCGACGCCGCUCUGUUUUGUGUGCGGCACGGGCGGCCGACAGCUCCUCUCAUGCUCGGGCACAUGUACGCGGUCGUUCCACAUUGCGUGCAUUGGCGAGAGCGCGUCGCUUCUCCACCGCCCGUACGUCGCGCAGCGCCGGCGCUGGAAGUGCGCCGAGUGUUUCCGGGGCAUCCACAUGUGCUUCAAGUGCGGCAUGGUCGGCGACGACGACAUAGACUCUUUCAAGUGCUCGAUCACCGGCUGCGGCAUCUACGCCCACCAACGGUGCAUGGCCAAGGGCCAGGACCCGAUGCUCUUUGUGUGCCCGCGCCACGCGUGCAGCGUCUGCAAGAAGCACGGACUCGCCCAGGCCGACGCGCUCCUCUGCUACCAAUGCCCCGCCGCGCUGCACAAGACGUGCCACUCGACCAAGUCACCGUCUUUUACGGCACUGGUCGGACACCAUGGCUGCUGCGGCCACCAUAGCACACUGCGCACGCUCCCGCCGAGCCUCCGGAGCAAGCUCAACGUUGGCGACGUGGUCUUGGUGCUCAACUUUGGCAACUCGCACUUGCCGCUUGAGGCGAAGCAGCUGCAUUCAAACCAGUGGGGUCGCGUUCUCUCGGUCGAAGGCAUCGAGUUUAGCGCGCAGCUAUUGACGGUCGCGCUGUUUGCGUGCGACUUGACGCUGACGCUGACCAACCAGCACGCAGUGCCCGUGACGACGCCGUAUGAGCCCACCCGAGCGUUCUUGCAGCACUGCGUCACGGUCCAUCUCCACGCAGAGCUCCACAUUCGCGGCCUCUCCCCAGCGUCCAUGGAAGCCGAGCGAUCCCAGCUCGUGAUGGACUCGGUGCUCGCGUUCCAGCACCUCGCGCAGCUCCAUGCCAUUUCGCCCGAUGACGUGAUCGAGAUGGCGACGCACGCGUACGAAAGCUGGCGCGUGCGCGACAAGACGCGCCCGAAGAACGUGUUUGGAGCGCUCGAUACUCGCCGCCGCGUGCGCCCGACGUCGCCCAAGAAGGGACCGACGCGGCAGUCGGCCCGCGCGUCGACGCGGGCGUCGUCAAUGGCCGAGGCGUUCCAGCCGCGGACGAUUCCGCUGGCGUCUCUCGCUGCGUCGAGUGGGACGCAACACGAGAUCAUUGCGAUCGAUGACGACGACGACGAAUACGACGACGAUGCUCCGCUUGCGUAAGCACCUUUCGAAUCGCCUCCGACCUCGAAGAAAUGAUGAGGUCAACCCAAUAUGACAUCGACGCCGUAUCCGAC